UCAAUGGAUAAACUGAAAACGGAUAUAUAAAAUCAAAAGAGAAAAGGGAAAAGAAGGUAUAAACCCCAAGAAAAUGGUGAUCCUUUCAACUCCACUCUCUCACAACACUUUACCAACGAAACUCCAUGGUUAUCCUCUUCAGCAACUCCACCUGCCUCUCAGAAUCAGCUGUUCUUCUGCAGCUAGCAGACGUGUUCCCAAAAGCGAGGAACGCUCGUCUGGGUUUAAGGAGCUGAGGACUGUAGCUUGUGGCCUUCUUGCUGUAUGCGCCAUUGCCACUGCCUCGCCUGUGAUUGCUGCUAAUCAGAGGCUUCCUCCGUUGUCGACCGAGCCAAACCGAUGCGAGCGUGCGUUUGUCGGUAACACGAUAGGCCAGGCAAACGGCGUGUAUGAUAAGCCGCUCGAUCUCCGCUUCUGCGAUUACACUAACGAGAAAUCAAACCUGAAGGGGAAGUCUCUUUCGGCUGCGCUUAUGGCGGAUGCUAAGUUCGAUGGGGCAGACAUGUCUGAAGCUGUGAUGUCAAAGGCUUAUGCUGUUGGAGCUAGCUUCAAAGGUACGGACUUCUCGAAUGCGGUUUUGGAUCGAGUUAACUUCAAGAAGGCGAAUCUGCAAGGGGCGGUGUUCAAGAACACGGUGUUAUCCGGAUCGACUUUCGACGAUGCUCAGCUCGAAGAUGCGGUUUUCGAAGACACCAUUAUUGGAUACAUUGAUCUUCAGAAGCUUUGUACGAACAAAACCGUCAGUGCUGAAGGAAGAGCUGAGUUGGGCUGUCGAUGAUUGCUAUUUAUGGAUUAUAUAUCUGAUUUUGCUGUGCCUUUUGUCUGCAAAAUAAAAUCGACCCUGCUUUGCCUUUGGAUGGAUUUGGAUGUAAUUACAC